AUGUGGGAUUACUGUGAUACAAAGUGUGGACAAAUGAAAGGAUUGUUGAGACGCACCCGUAAAGCGGAGAUGCGUAGGAGUCAGCGUGGUACUUUCCACAUGGAGCCGGUACCAGAAAACGAAGGUCUUUUCAAAGUCUCUCAAAUUGGAGACAGAAAAAUGACCAGCGACAUCAUUUCACCAGGAGCACAGGGAGUAUUUAGACAGAAAUCAUUCGGAGCGUGCGAUCGUCAGAAAACCGCAUUGUCGUCAUAUGCGCGAGCCGCGCGCUUGUCGAUCGGAACAGCCGCGGCAGGAAUCGGAAAUUUAUUCACUCGCAAAAUGGCGACUGCUACUGCAAACAAUUUGUGUCCAUGGCCCAAUAGUCAAGAUGAUUAUGAAUUACGAGAUGUUAUUGGUGUUGGGGCUACUGCUGUGGUGCAUGCCGCCUUCUGUGUACCGCGCGGUGAGAAAUGUGCCAUAAAACGUAUUAAUUUAGAAAAAUGGAAUACAUCCAUGGACGAAUUAUUAAAGGAAAUACAGGCUAUGAGUAGCUGUAAUCAUGAAAAUGUAGUAACAUACUAUACUAGUUUUGUAGUACAUGACGAAUUAUGGCUGGUGCUGAGGCUCCUUGAAGGAGGCAGUUUGCUUGAUGUUAUAAAACACAAGAUGAAAGUGGCAAACUGCAAGCACGGCGUAUUUGAUGAAGCAACUAUUGCUACAGUUCUCAAGGAAGUCCUCAGGGGGUUAGAGUAUUUUCAUAGUAAUGGACAAAUUCACAGGGAUAUUAAGGCUGGAAAUAUAUUGUUAGGGGAAGACGGGACUGUACAAAUUGCUGAUUUUGGUGUCUCUGCGUGGCUGGCCACUGGCAGAGACAUGUCUAGGCAAAAAGUUAGACAUACAUUUGUGGGCACGCCAUGCUGGAUGGCCCCAGAAGUCAUGGAACAAGACCAUGGCUACGACUUUAAGGCAGACAUUUGGUCUUUUGGAAUAACUGCUAUAGAAAUGGCAACGGGCACAGCUCCAUAUCACAAGUAUCCACCGAUGAAAGUAUUGAUGCUAACGUUGCAGAAUGACCCACCGAAUUUGGAUACUGGUGCAGACGAGAAGGAACAAUACAAAGCAUAUGGGAAAACCUUUAGGAAAAUGAUUGUAGAUUGCCUGCAAAAGGACCCAUCGAAAAGGCCAACUGCAACGGAGUUACUAAAGCAUCCAUUCUUUAAGAAGGCAAAGGACAGAAAGUAUUUAACGCAGACUCUAGUCGCUAUUGGACCUAGUAUGGAAACUAGGGUACAUAAGGCAAGCAAGCGUUCUACGGGUGCCUCUGGCAGGUUACACCGCACAGUGACUGGUGAAUGGGUAUGGAGUGAGGAAGAAGAGGAACAACCAGCUGCCGAAGCACCUGAAUCUGAUGAGGAGCCAUCCUUGACUGAUGACAAGCGACCAAUGAACCAGUUACAGAAGGCUGACUCCAGCGGCAGUGACAAUGAAGGCGAGGAACACCAAGCGAAGCCACCAAAGCAAACGCCGGCGCCUCCAGUCGUGGCGUCUCCGCCCGCGGCACCUCCGGCCGUGGCACCUCCGGCCGUCGCACCUCCAGCCCCGACGCCACCGGCCCCAGCUCCGGCACCGCCGCCGCCACCAGAAACUAUACAGACUCCGUUCGCCUUGAAAUCUGAUGGAGAGCCUCCAAUCGUGAACUUAGUGCUACGGUUAAGGAACGCUCGCCGCGAACUGAAUGACAUACGUUUCGAGUACAUAGUCGGCAAGGAUACUGCAGAAGGCAUUGCUAUGGAGUUAGUAGGGGCUGGCCUGGUCGACCCUCACGACUCAGUUCCCAUUUCCGUGAACCUGGCCAAAUUACUCGAUGCACAGGUGUUGCCUGGUACUACACACCCUAAAGCAGUUACAUUCCAUUUGAAUUCGGCUGGACCCAACGAACAGUUCGAUGACAAAGCACUGAUAGGAUUUGCGCAAAUCUCAAUUAUUGAUUAA